AUGACAGAUGUAGGAGCCAGCCAACCAUUGCUGGGCCACCCAACCCCUACAACAUGCAGGGAUCCAGCAUACAGACAUCUCUGGAGGAAGAUCUUCUCAUGGCAUGUCCUGAAGAUUGUUCUUCUGGGCCAGUUGCUGUCUCUUUUCUUAUGUGGAACAUCUGUGACCAGCCAGCUCCUUGUAGAUAAUUAUAUGGUGGAUACACCGGUAACGCAGAACUUCAUCACUUAUUUUCUGCUUUCUCUUGUUUAUACUGUCUGGCUGGCAUUCAGAUCAGGAGAGAGCGGAAUUGUGUACAUACUGAAAAACAAGUGGUGGAAGUACCUAUUACUGGCUAUUGUCGAUGUGGAAGGAAACUAUUGUAUGGUUAAAGCCUUCCAGUACACUACGCUCAUCAAUGUUCAGCUUCUAGACUGUGUUGCAAUCCCUGCAUUGAUGGUCCUUUCCUGGUUUAUUCUUCGUUCAAUAUUCAAACCAAUCCAUUACAUUGCAGUUGUGGUCUGCCUUUUGGGUGUUGGAACCAUGGUUUAUGCAGAUGUCCUGUCUGGAAGAGAAGAUGGCAAAGGCAGUGGCAUGCUGAUUGGGGAUCUUUUAGUUAUCCUGGGAGCUUGCUUGUAUGCAAUUUCUGAUCUCUGUCAGGAGUAUGUGGUGAAGAUGUUAUCCUGUGUGGAGUUUCUGGCAAUGCUGGGCCUGUUCGGGGCAUUUGUCAGUGGAACACAACUCAUGGCACUGGAAUCAGCUGCUGUUGCCAACAUUGACUGGAAUUGGGGAGUAGGAUUGCUGUUUGCAGGGUACGCCUCCUGCUUGUUUGGUUUUUACUCUGCAAUGACAUUUGCUGUACUACACUCCAGUGCCACCUCGGUCGUCUUAGGCUUGCUCACCGCUGACAUCUACACCCUGUUCAUUGGCCGCUUUUUAUUCGGUUACAAGUUUUCCGGACUCUACAUCCUGUCAUUUGUAAUGAUCAUUGUGGGAUUCACCUUGUACAGCAGUGUGACUACAUAUAUAUCUGAGUUUUCUCCAGGGAGAAGUCAUGAAGAGACUGUGAACAAUGAUACAGAAGAGGUGGAGGCACCUCUGGUGUCUGCCACUCCUCUGCAGACUAUGUCCGGGAAGCUCUGUACUAUCCUCAUGGACUGA